AUGACGGUGAUCUAUGCAUGGAGGAGGGCGAAGCCAGCAAAACUCCAUCCACUAAUAGGCAACAUAGGGGACAUCCAAAAAAGCUGCACUGUGUAUGCAAGAGUUACUGUGAUCAAAGAGCUCUCGCCCAGAAGAAUAUCAGAUGAUGAGUACAGGCCAUCCCCUCCACCACAGGUUACUGUACGGUCGCUUUCACCUGAUGUCUCACCACCUACGAUACCUGAACUGAUGGCCGAGGAAAUUGCUUCUCAUGCAAUGGCCCAACCAGGUGUUUGGACAUCUGUUUUAGACACCUGGGCGACCCUCCAGUUGAAUGAGUGGCUUGAAGCAACAGUGGCAGACUUUUAUUUGUCCCAUGUGUGGUACGAGCUGUUGAGCAGAUCACGCAUGAGGUAUGUGAAUAUGCACACAACAAUGGUGAAUGAGAUGGAGGAUGAAGAAGUCAAGCUCUUCCAGAGGAACUAUUUCAUCCCUCAUGAUGGAAUAUGCCCUGUUGUCCCUGUUGGAUUUGUAGUCCAUCACGUCAAUCAUUUCUUUGCAGUUGUUUUCGACUAUCAGCGACACAAAGCCUAUGUCCUGGGUCGUCAUAUUUCCGAUGAUGCAAUGGAUGUCGAUGGAGUGGAUCCGGACGACUGGAAUGAGUGGAGAGGACCGAAAUAUUGGAAGUGA